AUGGCCGACAUCAGUGAUUCCGGAGAUGCGCAGGCUACGUCACGCUGGUCGUCCACUUCCACGGUGGAUAGCGCCUUUGAGUCAUUCUGGGACGAUGAUCUUGCAAUUCCAGAUUUCUAUACGACUGAAGACACUGUUGUCUCAUUAGAUCCAAAUGGUGAUGACUUCCUCUUUAAGGACUCCGGCGCGGACAGCUCUAUGCUGCAGCCGGGACACGAGCUUGAAGGCAUUCAGACUCUGGACUUUGGAAGCACCGGUGAUCUCUCGUUUGAUGAUGUAACCAAGCCAUCCGAGACUGUGUCCGAACCCCUGAACGGCUCAUCAGCCGAUGAAGGGGUUCAGGUCUCAUCACACUUGCCGAGCUCAAUGAACUCUUCUAUGAAGGAGAUGGUCAAGAGCUCACUGUGUCGUGGUGAUGGCGGUCGACUCUUCCUUCCGAUGGAUGCACUACGGCGGAUAUUCACCAAAGAUCGAAUCCUUACUGAACUCCAAACAUUGUAUCCGUAUCUCCCGGUUGAAGCACUCCGCCGGAUAGCCCAGCAAAUUGCGGAUGACGGCGAGGGAUCAUCCACAGGUUUCCGAAAGGUUUUUGCAACCUUAUUGCUCACAGAUCAAGCCGACAAGAUCUCCCUUUUCUUGAACGAAAACGUUAACGACACGGAUCUUGCUCUCCAAAAGGUCGCGGCUGAUAAUGCCUUCGAACUUCGACGUCGUACUGCCCCUGAUGCUCCCCUUGGAUGUUUCCAGGGCUGGACGCAGUCCGACAUAGAGGCUUUCGAAAAGCGCCAGUGGCUCUUCCUUUCUCCAGUCUUUGACAAGAAACAGGGACUUAAGCCUUUAGAUCUAGAGGACAAGAGGAUUCUUCCGUUCACAGAAAGCACAGAGCAUCAGAUCCAAGACCAUUUCCGAGGAGGCAACUCGGAGGUUUUCCGUGUUAAGCUUCAUCCUGCUCAUUACAACUUUGAUCAACGAUGGUUCUCGGACUUUCAUGAUCAACCAUCGUUUGCCGUCAAGAAAUUACUAUCUGUCGAUGAAGAUACCUUCAGGCGAGAAGUGGAAGCCUUCCAACAACUCCAGACCGAGGAGCAUUCUAACGUCAUUUCCUUACUCGCAACUUAUAAAUACAAGGGUUACUACCACUUGGUCUUCCCCUGGGCCAACGGGGAUCUGCGAAGGCUUUGGCAAAAUCAACCCGAGCCACCCAUAGGGCCUGAAGGAGCUCGCUGGAUUGCAGCUCAGUGCAGUGGUAUUGCCUCUGCCCUGAACCACGUCCAUAACGGUGCUAUCAGUGCAGCUGCACAUCCUCUCACCCCUCACCAAUUAUACGGUCUGCACGGAGAUAUAAAACCUGAAAACAUCUUCGUCUUCUCACAACCCGGAAAAUCAGCCCCAGCUGGCAAGCUAGUCGUUGGUGAUUUCGGUGGAGGUUUCUUCUACAAUGCCAACACAAACCCGGACCCGCUUCGUCAAAUUACCAAUACCUACAGACCUCCAGAGCACGAUACAAAGUCUCGGCCCAUGUCCCGUUCUUGGGACGUGUGGGGUCUAGGAUGUACUUAUUUAGAGUUCGUCACAUGGUUUUUACAGGGUACCGCGGGUCUCAGUGAGUUCGCCAAGAAGCGAACAACAUUCAAGAAUCCUGGCGUAUACUCCGACGAGUAUUUCGAGACAAUCAAUCCAGGGGAGACUGGUGCCCUAAGUGCCUUCUUAAAAGGAACAGUACUCGAGUGGAUUACGGAGUUAUACAACCAUAAGAGUUCCAGCCAGUUCACACGGGACUUCCUUGAGUUCAUCACCAACAGGAUGUUCGUUGUGGAAACAGCUUUGACAACUCGUGCCAGUGGUGCUGAAGUCGCUCUUCGCCUUGAGGCAUUAGCCCAGAGGUGUUUUGAGGACGACUCCUACUGCCAGCCGAGCCCAUCAGGCAAAGCCCCAUGGGAUGUCGAGAGCGUAGACGACAUUGUAACCUCCAGCAGCAGCAGCUCGGAUCUCAGCCCAGAAUCCUUCACCGCUAAUUUCUUCAACACCCCGGAUGACUAUCCUAUCAGCCCACUCAAUCGGUGGAAUACAUUUGGCGCGGCCGGUGGUAUUAGUGACAGUCCCAUGGAUUUUCUCCUCGUCGACAAGUCUUACUUGACUGCUCCAGCUCUCUUCGAGCAUGAUGCCCAAGCUAGCGCCGAAAGGAAAAGGAAGCGAGAAGCCGAGGACCAUGCAGCCGCUAAGAGGAGGAACAGUCCGUUAUCAACAGAUAGUGUUGAUGCAACUGCAGUCGCUACUUCCGGCUCAAAGACUGGCGAGAAGAAAUUCGCUUGCCCCUUUUAUAAGAACAAUCCCGGCACAUUCCGGCAAAAGAGGACUUGCUGUGGACCAGGCUGGCCCACAGUUCACAGAGUAAAGUAA